AUGAUAGAAAAAAUCGGUAUAGAUAUAUUUGAUGAAACGAAAAAUUCAUUCUUUAAAAGACAUUUCAAGCUAGGUUUAUUUAUGAGUCUAGUAAUGGUGUUAUUAGUUGGUCAAAUUCUUUAUGUCAUCAAAAGAAACGAAAUUGAUGCCCAAUUUGUGGACGUUGUUAGUACUAUACCAAGUACUUUUAUCCUCAUACAAGAUCUUGUCAAGAUAUUUGUAGUGACAUAUAAGCGAGAUCGAAUAAGGAAAGUAAUAAUGGAGAUAGGUAAAAUAUGGCCAACAGAACUCGACGACGAAGAGAAGAAAAAAACUUUGCACUCGUGGACGAAAUCUUUAAAAUUCUUCGAUAAUGCAUUUUUUAGAGCUGCAAUUAUUUCUUUAGUAUUCUACGAGCUGCUGCCCUUAGCGAUGACGAUUUAUUCCAUAAAUACCGAGGUAGAUGCGCAGUACCAGUUUCCAUUGCAAAUGUAUUUCUUUUGUGACCUACAUUCUCACUUCCAGUACGCUUUGGCUUAUACGUAUCAGCUUAUAAUAAGUAAGUGUCAUAUUUAUUUUGAACUAAACCUGUUCCAGUCCGAUAAACUCUUGCUAUGGGAACUUUUUUCUGUCGUAGGUACCACGGUUCAUAUGUGCGUAUACGUUUCUUGUGACUUUCUACUAGUAGAUCUAAUAUUUGAUUUGAGUGCUUUAUUGAGUUUACUGCGUAUAGACUUAGAGAAUCUCGUGGAACAGAACUAUAAUAAUUACGAUUUUGAAGACGAUGAUUGUGAAGACAUUAAAGUUAUCGUUAUAAAACAUCAAAAAUUAUUGAGUCUUGCAGAAACCUUAAACGAGAUUUUUGGAGGAAUUAUCUUUAGUCAGGUGUCGUUUUCUUCUGUAAUUAUCUGCUGUUACUCUUUCAUGGCUGUGAUAGCUGACGGGAUGUUUCUUAAAAAUUUGACCGCUUCAUUGGGAAUCAUGUUUGCAAUUUUCAUAAUAGCAUGGCCGGGACAAAUGCUCUCUGACGCGAGUAACAAUGUAGCCGCUGCGGCUUAUCGAUGUCUUUGGUAUGAGAGAGGAAAGAAAUUUAGAAAGUGCAUUGCCAUAAUAAUAGCCAGGUCACAGAGAGAAUGUCAUCUUUCUGCUUUAGGAUUUUCCGACUUAACUCUUGCAAUGUUUUCGAAGGUAAUAAGUACGUCUUGGUCAUAUCUGUCUCUGUUAAAUCAAAUGUAUGAUAACAUUGAUGAAUAA